CCUGCACAGUGCACACGUAACUGCUGUCAUGGAGCGCAUGCGCAAAUAGAGGAUUAUCGGGAGCUAUGAAUCAUCAGCGUGCACAAACUGGAAAGCGCGAUUAGUAACUCACUAGCGACGUCGUCAAACAUUAGCGUUCGCUGAUUCCACAAUGCCUCCGUGGGGACCUGUGGCCAUCAAGAGAUUCAGUGAAUGCAAGAAACGGCGCUGUGACCGUAUCCCUCCACAUAUCCAGCAGCCAUGGGAGAAUCGAUUGGAGUUCGUUCAGGACGCUGUUCAGGAGCUGCUGAAUGAGGACUUUCGCAGCGGAAAAUACCGCCGUAUGAUGAAGUUCGCCGCAGGCGAAGCUGUUCUAGUGAUGGCCGAUGGAUUGUAUUUCAGUGGCAUAAUUCGUUGUUGUUAUCGGGUGGCGGUGCCUCCGACCCUGUUCGGACCCAAUCGCCAGCUGGAGGAUAUUCCGCUGGAGCAGUGGGUGCCGACGUAUCUCAUCCGUUUCGAUGGCUUCGAAAUCGAGCAGGAUGCAGAGCAUCCGGAGAACGAGAUUAUCCGCCGCAUCGCCGACUGCCCAGCCAACAUCAUGGGCAUGCUGUAUGCUCACGAAUGGAACACUUUUCAGCGGAUGCGGUACGGUUGUGAGCCCACGGAAAUGGGCCCAGGAACGUGAUUCCUCCCGGAUGACACCUAUAACGGGCUGGAAAUGCACUGGAAGCAGCACUCCAGCACGACGGGCUCGUUUGCUCAGUACUGUGGGCGACAGGACGCUCGGCACGUUGCGGCAUCGGAGACUGUUUAACUAGCCUGGGAAGUGUGUGCAGUGGCGAUGCGAAUGGUAGAUAGGUGGUUUGUUGGACAGUAAACAAGGGAAAAGGAGGAAUUGCACUGUUGUUCAACUGUUAGCUACUUUUUGUAUAAGUGGUGCUUACGGCUAAUUUUUUUUGUUGUCACGAUUUUCGGU